UAAUGAACCUCUCGAAUACUUUUACAUUUCGAGUGUCCUGUUAUAUAUAUAUAUAUAUAUUUUUGCUUUGAUUUCACAGGAUUACGGCGAAAUUAAUCGUCUUAACGGGUGGGAUACAAAUUGAAUAACAUAGAAUUCUCUUCACUGAGCUUAAGAGACUUGAGAGGUCAUGAAGUUUUCCGUGCGCCAGAAGUCUGGGGGAACCAGAUUUGGUGUUCUUAGCAUAGAGAAUCACGAAAUCCAGACUCCUUGCUGUUCACUGUACUCUCGUGGAGGCGUAGUACCUCACCUUACCACGGAUGUUUUAGACUCAAUGGGAAGUGUACCAUCCAUUUUCCAUUUAUCUCUUCAAACCACGAUUGAUCAACCAGGUAUUGAGACCAUUAACCAGUCUAACUACAAUGGAAUAAAACCAUUCUUAGGAUUGGAAGGAUUCAUUACUUACUUAUCAAUUCAAGAUCCUGGUCAAGAAGUGCGUCAAGGCUACAAUGAGGAAAAGUCUGUGUCAGUGUGGACACCAGGUGGCCGCAAAAAGGUGGAUGUGAAUCAGUUCAAAGCAGUGCUUGAAUCAUUCAAACCCAACAUGGCUGAGUGUCUUUGUGAUACAAUUCCUGCAUCAGGACAGACUGAAAAGAGAAUUCGUAAAUCUGUUGACCGAACUUUAAAAUUUCUCGACCAAUGCAUUGAGGAAAGGGAAAAAACUAAGAGCUUGAUAUCAUGCAAUUUACUGGGAGUAAUUGAAGGAUCAAGCUCAGAGACACAGAGAAUACGAUCCGCUAAAGAGACAUCACAGAGACCAGUUCCAGGUUUUGUUCUUGAGGGAUUCAAUUCUAGUGUGUGUAAUUGGUGUUCUUUGUUGCAGAAGACAUUGGAAUUUUUACCUGAUGAUAAGCCACGACUGAUCCAUGGUAUAGGAUCUCCAGAAGAGGUAGUGUUGGCAGUGGAAUGUGGAGUUGAUAUCUUUGAUUCAUCCUAUCCUUGUCAAGUAGCAGAGAGAGGAUGUGCUUUGGAUAUUAAAUGGAGCAGAAAAAGAUUCAAACCAGAGCUCACAUAUUUACCCUCAACUUCAGAGAGAUUAGAAGGAGAACUAAAAAAUUCAGAGGACAGUUUGAAUGAAUUAAGUACAAGUUCACAUCAAAAAGAAAUAGUGGGUGGUGGAACAUUGUUUGAACUAAAUCUCAAUCAUACAAGGUACAGCUCAGACUUCACCUCUCUUGUUAGUGGUUGUACAUGUUACUGCUGCACAAAUCAUACACGGGCUUAUGUUCAUCAUCUGCUUGUCACCAAAGAGAUGCUUUCCAAAGUUCUUCUUAUGAUCCAUAAUCUACAUGAAUAUUGUCAGUUUUUCGCUGGCAUUCGUUUGUCAAUAGAGGAGGAUAACUUCGAAGAGUUUAAAAGGAACUUUACCGAAAGCCACCAUCUGUAGCAGUGAAUUGGUUUCCUGUAUUUCAUGGAAUCUACAUCCCUAGUUUAUCUUCAUUUCUUUUUAACAAAUUUUAGUUUUUACCAGUAUGUAGUGGACUUCUUAUAAACUCUCAGGGAGAAGUGUGCUAGAGGUAGUGUCAGUCUAGUUUUACACAAGGUUUGUUGUUUAGAUCACGAAGAAGACCUUUAUCUGUUUCCUCUCUGGCUGUGUUUGCCUUAAAUGAACUGUGUAAUCCAGUUUCUUUGAUAUUGUUGUGACAGUGUGGCUCAGUGUCUACCCUUGUUGUUCUUUUUGUCUGUCUGUCUGUAUGUUUGUGUCUCCAUCUCUGUCUGUGUCAAUCUGUCCGUCUAUGUGUCUAACUGGCUGGCAAGCUGUUUCUCUGGAUUAGACGUUUUUACCAGUCAUUAUUUAUUGCCAGGGGGGAAUCACACUGCUAAUAUCACAGAGCCUAAUAGGGGGGAUCAGGUAAAUUUUAUCGUGAAACCACCAGAAGCCUCCAACCCUUUCCCCUUAACUGCUUCACAAGAUGUGGUACAAACUGGAGUCAGUGGGUGGGGACAACAGCUUUAAGACUUCAAUCUUGUUAGUGCUGCUACUCGUGAGAACCAAGGAGAGAACUACACCAGUUUUCAAUUGUGACAACUGAGAAACUUUCAUCCAACUAUUUAAUGAUAAAUUGUCUACAUAAAUUCCUAUAGAAAAAUAAAACAUUUUAAAAUUCUCA